CAAAGAUGGGUGGAUAUCCACGCAUGCGCUCUGUCCCCCGGAACUGAGCAGUACGAUAACCGGUGAACCCUGUUAGCUUGUUUUAAACUAUUGUUUUAUUAUUUUUUUGUUAUCUUUGACGCUCAGCCUUUUGCGAUACAGCUGAUUCCUACCAGUGAAGGUGAGGUGAAUCUUAAAAAACAUGUCCUGUCAGUACCUCCUGCUGCUGCUACUUGGUGUGGUAGCCUCAGCGGUGGAAGUCCAACGCCCUCGCGGUGUCCCCAUAUCAAAACGGCAGUUCUACGAGGAGGGCAGACCCUUUACCUGCCUGGAUGGCUCCCGCACUAUUCCCUUUGACAGAGUGAAUGACGAUUACUGUGACUGUCAGGACGGCUCCGAUGAACCAGGAACUGCUGCUUGUCCAAAUGGCAGCUUCCACUGCACUAAUGCAGGUUACCGACCAGCCUUCAUCCCUUCAUCCCGCAUCAAUGAUGGAAUCUGUGACUGCUGUGACACUACAGAUGAGUAUAACAGUGGUGCUGCUUGUCAGAACACUUGCAGGGAACUUGGGCGUAAAGAGAAAGAGAGCCUGCAGAAGUUGGCAGAGAUUGCUAAGGAGGGUUUUUUGCUUAAGCAACAGCUUAUUCAGGAGGCAAAGAAGGGCCUAGAGGAUAAAAAGGCCAAACUUGCAGAAGUUCAGGCCAGUAAGAAGGAUCUAGAAGUGAGGGUGGAGGCCCUGAGAACUGUAAAGGAGACUGCAGAGCAGCCAGAGAAAGAAGCCAAAGAGCGCCAUCUCAAGGCAUGGGAAGAUGAAAAAGCUGUAAUUCGCAUGAAAAAGGAGAAAGCUAGAAUGGCUGAAGCAUUUCUUGAACUGGAUGAUGAUGGAGAUAACUUAGUGUCAGUGAAUGAGCUUCUAUCCCAUGCUGAGCUUGACCCAGAUUCAGAUGGUUCAUUCACAGAGGCAGAGGCUCAGGGACUGUUGGGAGGAGUAGACAAAGCUGAUGUGGAAGCAUUUGAGUUGGUUUGGAGUAACUUAAAAGAAAAAUACAUCUCAGAGGCCAGCACAGACAGCCCAGCACCAGUGGAGACUCCACCAGAGGAGCCAGGGGACUCAGUCUCUGACAAUGACUCUGAGCCGUACCUUGACGAUGACAUCCCAGAGGAAGCAGAGGAUGACGAUGAAGAGGAUGAUGAUGAUGAAGACCCAGAAGAGAGAGACUAUAAGAGUCCUCCUACAACACGGACUCAAGAAAACAAGGAUCGCGAUGAUGAGGGGGCUAUGCCACCCUACGACCAAGAAACGCAGAACCUCAUUGAUGCUGCUCAGAAAGCCAGGGAUGAGUUUGAUGAGGCUGAGAAAGCUCUCCGUGAAGUGGAUGAUCAGUUCAGGAAUUUAGAAAAGGAAAUCUCCUUCGACUUUGGGCCCAGUGCUGAGUUUGCUUACCUCUAUAGCCAGUGUUAUGAGCUGACUACAAGCGAGUACAUCUAUAGGCUCUGUCCAUUUCAUAGAGUAUCCCAAAAAUCCAAGUUUGGUGGAUCUGAAACUAACCUGGGAACAUGGGGAAAAUGGGCAGGCCCAGAGAAUGACAUAUACUCUGUGAUGAAGUAUGAGCAUGGCACAGGGUGCUGGCAAGGUCCAAAUAGAUCCACCACCGUAAAGUUAUCAUGUGGAAAGGAAACAGUUGUGACAUCUACCUCAGAACCAAGUCGCUGUGAGUACCUGAUGGAGUUCACCAGCCCUGCAAUCUGCCAGGAGCCCCCAAGCCUGGAUUCUGGACAUGGUCAUGAAGAACUCUAGAGCAUCCUGUUUAGUUUUCCUUAAGGGACCACUGUCACUUCAGCAACAAGAGGUUGCUGCUCACCUCUGUGUCAGUCAACAAUCAAGAAUGAAGGAUGGCAAUUCAAUGAAAUUCUCACAUUCAACUUCAAUGUUCCCUGUUGUGUUGUUUCUUUAAAAUUUGUCAAAUUUAGUCAUUCCAUUUAUCCUCAAAUAAAAUAAUUUGGUGAUAAUCGAAA